AUACAAACAUCUGUGGUCAAAGUUAUCCAAAAGCAAAAAUGGCUCCUAUUAGCGUUAUACCUCCUAUAGGCGAUCCUGGGAUCGACAUAUUGCCUAUAAAAUCACAUCCUUUUUACAAUGUAUUUCUAUCUCUUAUUAGGCAAGGUGAGCUUGUUACACUUAAUCGGCUAUUGGGUAUUGUCGCCACUCAGGAAACCAGGUUCAUUUCAAAGAUGAGCAAGGUUGACUAUAGGAAUGUAGGCCGGGAAUACCUCGAUAUAUACUCUACUCAAUUUCUUUUUUUAUUGAACCCUGGCUAUGCACCUGCGGCUUCCAAUGUGGGCCUCUCGGUGCUAUAUUGCCAGUUGUUCAAUUUAUUGUACAAGCGUAUGUCAGUCACUAGAAGAUCCGAAGAUUGCCAUAAACUGAAGUCCUAUAUGUUAGGUCUUUUUGAGGAGAUGUGCGUUCGCUUUUUGGAUGACCGGAUUCUGGAGUUUUCCUAUGAGCCUUGUACUAUGGAAUCUGGUUCCACGUGUUACCACUUGGUAGGUUCCUGUGUAACCCGAUUGUUAUUCCAGUUGUUAUAUAUACCACUGUCAGUCCCAGAUGCUAAGGAGACUAGUAUUGGUAAGGAACUCUUGCAGUGCAUAAAACGGUACAACAAGUUACUUUGUGAUGACUCUGUUAGCAACGCGGAACUAUCGUCCCAUGACACGCCUACUAAGACACCCACGUUACAUAGCGUUCCGAAACGGAACAUUAUAGCCGAUCUUUUAACUCCGUAUGAUGCCAGUACUGCAUCAUUUCCAAGUCCAUUAUCAAGUGACUUGUCUAAUCACGGGGCGCAACUGACAAAUUCGGGCUCACUCCUCCGUUUUGUGGUACAUGCUGUACUGCAGUUGAUAUAUAUGGCGAAAACAGGUUUACAAAACGGCAAAUCAGAGGUGCUACUCGUUGGUUUCAUCAAUUCGGUUAAAGGGCUGAAUUUACCUGGAACCGCGGGUGACUCCAUGUGGGAAACCGUAUACGACGUUUGUUUUUUCAAUGUACCUGAUGCUUCCAUAACAAAUUCAAUAAGGAGCAUCGAGCAGUAUGUAAAGCAACGUUUAAAUCGCUAAAUAAUCUAAUCUUCG